AGAGUAUUAAGAGUCUCUCCAUAUCUGCAACAACGCUAUCCCUUUUUCUAAUUUUUGUUGUGUUCACUGGAGUAGCACUCUUAACUUCCGCAAGAAUUUUUUCUUUGAUCCUCAUGACUGUGCUAACUGUCGUUGGAGUGAAGCCUAGCCUUCGGCCUAUCUCAGCUUGAGAAACACCUUCUUCAGACAGUUUAAUCAUUUUAAGCUUCAUAUGUAAGGUAAUGGAUUUACGACUUUUCUUUUUAUCUGCCAUUAUGUAUUACUGCACUGUACAGUACUGUAUUAAAUUGCAAAGCCAAACGAGUUUGAAGACAGUACCAAGAGGCACCCCCACACACACGCAAAACCACCCGACCAACCGAACGGACGGCAAGAGGAUAAGCAGGAGGCGCUCCCUCCCCACACACUAAGUCACAGCCGCCGCUGCCCGGCCGCCCUGGGCCACGUGGGACGGCAGAACCAGCACCUGCUGGCUAGGCUCGGAUCGCUGCGGAUACGGCCGCAGAGAACCGGCUCGCACCAAGGAACUUAAACGUAAAGAACUCUAACGAAGUAGCAGUGCAGGAAACCAAGCAAGUCGUUUCACGUAACAAACAAAUGAGUUGCUCAGAUGCCAACGGAGAAGAUGCUGCUGCCACCGCCGCCAGUUACUAUUCUGAAAUCGCUUGCUGCAGAAAGCAUCCAGAAUCGGACGGCGCGGGCUCUCGGCAACUUGGCUGUGGACACUGAGAACUGCCAAGCCAUCCACGAAGCAGGAGCAGUGCCCCCACUGGUUCAGGUCCUCACCACCUCCCAGGACAGUGAGUGUUUGCAGAGCGUGAUCAGGGCAGUGCGAUACCUCGCCGACACUCCUGCCCAUCGCCUUGUGUUGGCACAGCAGGGGGUUGUCCGCCCGAUUGCAGAGCGUUUGGCUUCCUCCUUGGAUGACGCUGCCCUGGUAGCAGCUGCUGUGCGUGCCCUCCUUGAGCUGACCAAGGGUUGCAGCCGCGACUGUGCUGAACAGCUGAGCUUGGGGGGUGGGGUGGCAACCCUCGUGGCCUUGGCCAGCCAUGACAAACGGGCAGUGCGGGAGACGGCGCUUGCCGCCCUUGCCAACCUCUGCCUGCAGGGCAUGCUGAGGCCAGCUGUAGGCAACGCUGGUGGGGUGGAAGUGCUGGUGGGGGAGAUCCGGCGAAGGCAGGGAGCUGGGACACCCGGCACAUCCCUCCAUCCUUUGGUGAAAGCCUUGUGCCUGCUAUGCCGGGAGGCAGUCAAUAGAAGCCGGGUACGGGAAGCCGGGGGGUUAGAGCUGCUGUUGUCCCUGUUGCGGGACCAAUGCCAGAGUUCUUCCCACACACGUGUGGUGGUGGCCUUUGUGGCCUUUUUCUAUGACGAGGAGGCCCUGGAGAUGCUGCAGGCUGGAGGGCUGGUGCCCUUGCUAGUUGGGAGGCUGGCAGCGCUGGGCCAGUGGGGAGGCCGUAAGCAAGAGGAAGAAGAGGAGGAAGAACGGGAAGACGAGAAGGAUGCAGCUUCUUUUGACUUCCCUGCAGACGGGCGCCGUGGGGAGCAGGCCACGCCUGGAGCCGAAUCUUCCAGCUUUCAGAGUCUCAGAUCCUGGCUUCUUUCUGAAGGCUACAUUGCUAGUCCAGGGGACCUUUCUCCACAGUGGUCCCCCGAUACCACCCUUUCCGAACUGGAUGCCCAGGGAUGUGUCAGCCCCAAUCAGGAGCUACAAGAUGAACCCCUGGGGCCCUGCCAUGCUACAUCUGGAGUCAAAGGCCAGUCUAGGGCUGGAUCCCCUGAUUUUUUAAACUCUCCAUUAUUGGAUUUGCCCCUUAUGGGGCAGCCAAGUUCUUCUGAGACAUUAAACCCAGCUGAGGGUGAUGGAACAAAUCCACAGCAGAGCCUGUGCCCAGUGGCAUUACCUAUGUUGGAUAAAUCUGAAAGUCUCCAUUCAAAGGUGCCAGAUUCAGAUGGGACCAAGGAGCUGGAAACGGUUGAGGCCAAUAAGAAGGGGCUUUUGAUGACAACAGAAGAGGCAAGUUUAGCCAGUUCUAAGAGAGGACUUCCUGGACAGAAUGUACGGAAGUUGCCAUGUUCAUUGUCUUCAGGGGCAGCAUCAAAUUCAAUGCUGAUAAAUUCAGCAAAAUUGGGUGAAAACAUGGAGCAGUCAACCUGCGUUGCUUUGGCAACAGACCAAAAUGAGCCUGGGACCAGUAACUCUCACUUGGCUCCAUCAAUGUUGAUUCUGAGCAAGAGCAACCAAAUCCAGCUGUCACCCAGGCCUGUUUCCAAAUCAGUAGUCACAGAGGAGGCCUGUCUGGUGACCCCAAAGCUGAGCAUUCAGAGUUUCCCAAGUUCUCCUGAUGAGUACAGGACACCUACCUUCUGCUGGAAACGUCGUGCAAAGUUUCGGUCAACACCUGAGCAAACUACACCUCCUCUAGUGUCUCGCCCCGUUGGCGAGACUUCAUCCCCGUUGCUCUCCUUAGCCCUGCCACUCUCCUUCUCUUCACAUGGGGGCGACAGAGAGCUACAUGCCCCUGAAGCGCCAGUCCUACUGCUCCUUUCACGGUUUUCUCAAGCUGAGGAUCCCAGCCGCACUUUGGUGACGCCAGCCACAUUGCAAGGGUUGCUGCGCUAUGUCACUGGGAGCCCUGUCCCCUCCUCUCGCUGCCUUCGGUUGCUGCAUCGUCUCACCUGCAACCCCACCUGCCUGGAAGCCUUUGUACGUUCCUAUGGGGCCUCGCUCAUCCGCGGAUGGCUAAUAUUGGGUGUGUCUCCUGAGCAGGCUGCGGCUGCAGCUACUGGUGAACAAGAGGAGGAGGAAGAGGAGCCAAGAAGCCUAGAUGCCAGGGAGCAGGAUGCCAGAAGAUUCAAGGAACUUGGAGAAACGCUGCUGCUGAACCUUUGUGUGCAAGCAGAGUCCCCCUUUGGCGUGGGUGUUCUCACCCAUAUGCUGCUGUCGGGCUCCGAAUCGGACCAGGUGGCCUGUGCUCUUGCCCUUCCCCUUAUCUGCAGGAAGGAUUCCCUUUGCCACAAACUUCUCCUGGACCACUCUGGCCUGCGUCUCCUGUUAGGUGCCCUGGUGCGGGACCCUGAUCCCCAUUUUGCCUUCUAUGCCUUGGAUUCCCUCUCCCUCCUCCUUGGCUCCCAAGCUCCAGGUUCUGCCCCGUUGUCCUCUCCUGCCCUGAAGCGACCGCGUUUGGACCCCUCACCACCCUGCUCUUACUGCCGUCUCAUGGAUGAAGGCAAGGCUGACGUGCACUUUCAGCUGGAUUCUGGCGCCACAGUACCAGCCUUGCGUCGGGCAGUCAGCGAAGCCUCCGAGGUCUUUUGUGCCAUGUUGAGAGGCGGGUUUGCCGAGUCGUGCCGUACCACUGUGACGCUUUGUGGUGUGUCACCGGAUCCCUUCCUGACUCUUAUGCAUUUCCUCCAUGGCUGCCGCGACAAACCUUGCUCAGUGUUGGGGGUUCCAUUCCCCCUUGCUUUAGCGGAAGAAAUCCUCAUGGUUGCCGAACAGUAUCUCCUCCCUGAGCUCCAGUCCCUGGUUGAUGAUGCUGUAUGCCGGGACUUUCUAUGCCCUGACACUAUAGACAAGGUGUACUGCUUAGGUGAGCAACAGAACCGCCCCCAUCUGCUUCGGCGAUGUGCUGCUUACACCCUCCAGGAGGUGGCAAAGCCCACCUGCCAAGCUGCUGUGUUGGCCAAGUUGCUCCAGUCAACUACAAAUCCCAACCGGUUGGCUGAGGAGCUGCUUGGGGUGGUGAUGGAGUCCCCAUGGGGCUCUGGUUCUGAGGUCCAGCUCAGCUGAUAGAUUUAUACCUCUGUCUCCUCUUGCCCUAUUCUCAUGCUCACACCUACAUGACUGAAAUAUUGGUGUUGUAAUGGAACACAUUGUCAAGUGUGAUGACAGCAGAAAUGCUAGGAGAAUAAAUGGGAUGAUACUCAAAAGAAGGGUAGUCCAAGUAAGUGAAUGGUGCCACAGCGGUCAGAGGUUCAACCUCCAACUGGACAAACCAGUGGAACGAUGACGUAGCAGUGAGCACCCCUUGAUGAUAAAGUGGGUUUUGUGUGUAAGGUUGGUGAAGGUGGAAAAGAAUGGGGGAAGAUGUGGGUAGGGAUAGGAUUUAAAUGAAAGGUGGAGGAACCCAAUACAAAAUAUGGCUUCAAAACCUUGUUUGGAAGCUACAAUACAGCCCUAUUAAGGAGAGAUUCUAUCCUGUCAAGAACUUUUUUUUUUAAAAAAAGCUAGCCUCACCGUCAAUCUGGAGAUGGCAGAAAUUGAAAGUGGGCAGGAUCCCUUUCCAGGUAGUGAGCAUAUUGGAAGGGAUCCCAGGCUGAGAAUGUAGCAUGUGUGGGAAUGCAUUCUGAUGCAGCAACUCCCGGAAUGAAUCCUAGUCUUGAGUGUAGAUUUGGAGGAAUUCUUUUGGCACCACGAAAGGGAGUGGCUUUCAGGAGGAGCCAUUAAAAGGGCACGAAUGUAUCAUUGAAAGGAAGCUGGAUCAUCACAUAGGGUGGGGUGGGGUGGGGCAGGCACCAAAAGACCGAAGGCUCAUGUGACACUACCAAGCAGCAGAUGAAACAGGCAGGAUGUCAAGAUGCUUCUCUCCUUCCUGGACACGUGGAAACAUCCGACAGGAGCAACCUGUAGGUGGUGCUAGAGGGGGCCUGUUUGUAUAGAUGAAACUAUAUUGCAUAUAUAAGCUAUUGUACAUAGAGAAAUACAGACAUCAAAGAGGUAUUCAAAAUGUCUCC